UAAAACCCCGUCGAGCAGCAACAACAAGUGAUUAAUUUUCGCAUCGCUCCUGUCUACUUUGGCUGUUCACUACCUAUAGUCUCUGCUUCACGAAAUCUGCUUAGAAACAUAGCCAUCAUGGCCACAACCCAAACUGCACCUCAGACAGCUCCUACCGCGCCCACCAGCCUAAAAAGUCUUCCCUGGCCUUUCCCUAUCGACUUCCUCAGAAACCAUACCAUUGAUGAGAUUCUUGAAGAUCGCAUGGUGGCUCGUGCCAAUUCAGCAGCCAACUAUGAGCUGGCAGAAGUUAAUGAGAAUGCAACCGUUGCGCAGGCAUUUGACAAACUCCGCGCAGACGAUGUCACCGCCCUUCCCUGUUUUCGCGAGGAAGGUGGCAAAAAAGAGUACACCAAUAUGAUCAAUAUUCUCUCCCUGGCCGCUUAUACUAUCUUUAUGACUCUCUGGGACGAAUUGGAGGAUAGAGAUUUCCGCAAGGCAGAGAGCGAAGCGGAACGAGACGAGCGACGUGCCCGCAUGGUCAAGGAGCACAUGGACAACUACUUUACGCGGCCUGUAAAAGAUGUGAUUGGCUUUCAUGCCGAGUCCUUUAAACUCCAUUCGCUUCCCCGUACAGCCAGCGUCCUCGAUCUAGUCAACAUAAUGAAGGACGGAGUUCACCAUGUCCUGAUUCCGCCGCAAGGUGACCAAGAAGCGGAUAUCGUCAGUCAGGGUGAUCUGGUGAGGUGGUUAACCAGCGAAAAACAUGACGAUUUGAGUUUGAGGCAGCUGUGGCAGAUUGGAGUGGAUACUGCUACAACGUAUGCGUUGAAGUUUGAAGGCGACGGUGAUCCGAACCAGCUCAAAUAUCCCGACGGUCGGUGGACGGGGCGACAGAGGCGAUACGCUCUGCACCUUCCUGACAAUCUGCAGGCUGUAGUGGCGUUCAAGUCCAUGAUGGUCCAUCACUUGUCUAGCGUCGCUAUCGUUGAUUCUAAAGACGGCACCAUUAAAGCCAAUCUUAGUGCUACAGAUCUUCGUGCCAUCACUCCCGACAAUGUUCUGGACGUGUUCCGUCCUGUGAUGGAGUAUCUUUCGACACUACCUGAUCGUCGUGAGGAGCCUGUAACCAUCAGUCGGCAUAAUACGAUCAAAGACGCAAUCAACAAAUGUCUUCAAUAUGAUGUCCACAGGGUUUGGGAGAUUGAUGAUGAGACCAAGAAGCCGAUGGGAAACUUUUCGUUGACAGAUGUGAUUUGCUGUUUGUUGCCGUUGGAUGCUCCAAAGGAGGAGUGAGUGCGGUUUCCUGCACUGGUAAUUUUCAUUGUGUACAUAUCUUGCUUCUGCUGGUAUUCGAGAGCCAUUUGUGCAUGGGAUAAAUCGCUGUUAAAAACAUGCCAUAUGUAUAGCUUUCUGCAAUCAAUGAUGGGGUUAACUCGGU